GCGCGUGCGCGGGGACACCCAGCUCGCUACUUCCGGGUCGCGCGCCACACGUGGUUUUCCCGCACGUGGCUGCUUUUCCAUUGCCAGAGCGAGCCGCAAGCGAGCCGCAAAGGAGCAGCUUCGCCUAUCCGCCUCUCGCUGUGCAACAAACAGCAACAGGCGCCGUGUAAAGACUCGCAAACCUAAAACUACUCUCCCCCCACCACCACCUCCCGCAUCACUCGAGCCGCGCGGCCACCAUGGCCAAGGGGAAGCGCGAGAAAGCGACGGACGUCGGCGAGGUGACGAGGAAGAAGAAGAAGAGGACGCUUGACCCCGACGCCGAACGGAAAGCCGAGGAGAAGCGAGCGAGGAGGAAGACGAGGGGGAAGGAGCUUCCCGCCGAGGAUUGUGCUGAGGCUGUGAAAGAUAAAGGCAAGAAGACCGAUGAGGAGGAGGAGGAGGGUGAGAUGUCCGCACAGGAAGAAAGGAUGCUGGAGAGGAAAGUGAAGAAGUUGCUGAAGAAAGCCGAGAAGGAGAAAACCAAGCGAGUGACUGCCACUGCGGUCGAGAGUGGAGAAGAAGCGGUCACUCCCUCUGCAGCAGAGCUCUCCUUGGAAUAUCUUACAAGUUGGGCCACGGAUAAAAAUCAGUGGAAGUUUCAAAAGCUGCGGCAAACUUGGCUUCUCCAACACAUGUACGACGCUGAAAAGGUGCCGGACAGCUAUUUCAAAAUCCUGCUGAAGUAUUUGGCCGGCCUGAAGGGCCAAGCCAAGGACACAACUAUUGAGAAGGCAGAGUCCAUCAUGAGGAAAAGUGAGAAGGAGGAUGUGGAGGAGGAGGAAGCGGAUAAGGCAGAGGAGAAGGCAGAGGAGGAGAAAGGCAAUCCUGUUGAUGAGAAAAAGAAGAAACGUGUACGUCGGGUUCUGAAGAAGCUCUCGUGAUUUCCUCGUCGUCGCUCUUCACAAGAUGAAAAUGAAACGUGUUUCAAAUUGCACAUGCAGCGUUGAGAAUGAACACGUGUGCGGUAUUGAUAUAUAUAUUUUUAAUACGGAGCAAUCAUUACUUGUCGGCGCCAUAAUGCUGUAUUUAUUAUAAUACACACGGGAAUGCAAAAGUGAGGGGAUGUUGCUAUUGUUUAGAAUUUUUUCUUUUCUUUUUACAAUAAAUGCAUUUUCCUUGAAUGUUU